GACUGGUAAUUUGGUGCAUUUAAGGCGCAAAAAGCUGUUGAACCCGGACAUUGUAGAUUGAAACUCUCACAGAACUAAAAAAUAAAAAAGUGUAUAGCUGGCAAUCCAGGACGUAGUUUUACGACGUCGCCACUUUGUAAUGGACGCCUUGUCGUUUGUAUUCCACCCGGCCGUAUUGGCAGUUUCAGCCUUGUAUUUUCUCUACUGGUAUGGAACUUCGACGUUUGAUUACUUUAAAUCGCAGGGAAUUAAUGGUCCCCAACCCCUGCCAUAUUUCGGUAAUGUUUGGGGUAUGUGGAGAGAGAACCUUCCAAAGUAUGACAAGAAAAUGACUGCAAAGUACGGGAAAACCUUUGGUUAUUUUGACGGAACUCUGCCGAACCUUUACACGACUGACAUUAACCUCAUCAAAUCAGUUUUCGUCAAAGAUUUCGACCAUUUCGUUAAUCGCAGAAGUUUCGCAGUCAAACGCAAAGUCUUUCGCAAAAUGUUGAGUAUCAUCCAAGACAAAGAAUGGAAAGAUGUCCGCUCGUCAGUCACUCCCAUUUUCACCACAGGCAAGAUCAAACUGAUGUCAAAGAUGAUAACAGAGUGCGCCAACCAGCUGGUAAUCAAAUUUCAAAAGAUAGCUGAGAGUGAAGGGAAAUUGGAUGCCAAAAUGAAUUUUAGCGCAUUCACCAUGGACGUGAUUGCCCGAUGCGCAUUUGGGAUGACCAUCGAUAAUUUGGGCGAGAAAGAUGAUCCGUUUAUGACGAAAGCAAAAGUCGUUUUCAACCCCCCAGCCAACAAGUCACCGCUUAUUAUGAUUCCAUUCGUGUUCCCAAAACUGUUGGCGUACGCUGGGGACAGUAUUUUCUUCCCGAAAGCUUUUUAUUUCUUCAUCGACAUUUUGGAGGACUUAAUCAAACAACGUUCCAAUUCGACCGAGAAAUACAACGACUUUGUGGAAGUUGCCACCGAGGCCAUUAUGGAGCACACCAAAACGGUUAAUGGCAAAGAAGUGCCUAUCUGGAAUAGAGAAGAGGUCGAUGAAAUUGUCACCUCUCAGUCGAUGUUGUUUCUCUUGGCCGGUUUUGACACUACCGCUACUACGCUGACCAAUUCGGCUUUCCUGCUGGCCAGAAACCAAGAAGUCCAAGAGAGAUUGUACGAAGAAGUUAUGAGAAAACACGAACAAUUCAGCGAAGUUAAUCACGAAAUGAUUCUCGAUUUCCCUUACGUCGAUCACGUUAUUCACGAGGUGCUACGCAUGUAUCCUCCAGUGCCUAGGGUUGAGAGAGCUUGCAAUAAGGAAGUGACCUACAAUGGCAUUCGAAUCAAGAAGGGCAUAGUAGUAACUGUUCCAGCAUUCCCACUUCAUUAUGACGAAGAGUACUACCCGGAUCCCUACAGAUUCAAUCCCGACAGAUGGGAUCCUGAAAGUGAAAUCAAGCCCAGCCCGUACGUUUUCAUGCCAUUCGGAAUGGGCCCCCGCAACUGCGUCGGCAUGCGAUUCGCCAUGGAGGAAAUGAAAAUUGCCUUGUGCACACUCGUCAAAAACUUCCGCUUCUUUCCAGUAGCGGAGACGCCCGAGGAGAUGCAAUUCGAAGAUGGAUUUCUGGGAGUCGUCCAACCCAUUCACGCAACAGUUGGCAUCGAAUCACGUUCAUGAGCAAUUUUCUUUAUCUGCUUUAUAUUUGUUCGCCUUUUAAACAAAUUCGAUUUAUGUGCUGAACCCAAAAAAUAAAUAUAAUAAAUGCUCGCAAUCUAA